UUUACUGGAUUGAGGAGAGUUACUAAAGAUCAACAAGAGCUGCUCAAAUCUGACAGUAGUGCAGGUUAUUGGCUGAAGUGUGGAGGUGAUGAGCUUUGAUUUCUGUUUUCUGUAGAGUUUCCAGUCUCUCUCAGCUCCUCCUGAAUCUACAGACGUAAAUGACGAUCCCUUCAGUUCUCUCUCCUCUUUUGAUGGAGUGAGAGAAUCUGUCCGGCAGCUGAGAGACAAACUGGAGGAUUUCUGCAAAGAGGGGAUGAAGAACUCUGAAAGAGUCACUUUCACCAACAUUGUUCUCAGGACCAGGAACGACUUCCUACAUUAUUCCCAUCAGCUCAAUCUGGAUCUGAACACAGUGAAUAAACACCUCCGUCUGUCUGAGAAGAACAGAGUGAUUACUUACACUUUCCCAAAGCUUCAGUCAUAUCCUGAUCAUCCAGACAGAUUUGAUUAUUAUCUUCAGGUGUUGUGUAGAGAGAGUGUGUGUGGACGCUGUUACUGGGAGAUUGAGUGGAGUGGAUGUGUGUGUAUAUCAGUGACAUAUAAGAGCAUCAGCAGGAAAGGAUUGGGUAAAGAGUGUGUGUUUGGAGGUAAUGAUCAGUCCUGGAGUUUGCUCUGCUCUUCCUCCAGUUCCUCAUUCUAUCACAAUUACAAAGAGACUAAACUCCCAGUAAAGUCCAUCAGCAGGAGAAUAGGAGUGUAUGUGGAUCACAGUGCAGGAACUCUGUCCUUCUACAGCGUCUCUGGAGACACAAUGAUCCUCAUCCACACAGUCCAGACCACAUUCACUCAACCGCUCUAUCCUGGGUUUGGUGUUGGUUAUAAAUCAUCAGUGAAACUGUGUUGA